AUGAAUAAAAAACUAUUCCCAGUUUUAUUGAGACAAUUCAAUAGAACAAGAUAUAGAAGUGAAAAAUCAUUAAUAGAAGAUAUUAAAUAUAAUCCUUCUGGAGACAAUGAACUUAAAAGGAUUUUUUAAAAACACAUUUCUUUAAUUCGUUCAUAUAAAUAAUUGUUAGAGGUCUUAGACUAUAAUUUUACUCAGGUGAAUUAGAAUGAGAUUAUUAAAAAACUUUAGAAGGAAUUUGAUGAUAGAGCUAAAUAUGGGUUUAAUUGUUCUAAUGAAUUAUUUAUAAAAUUUUUUGCAAAAGUUUUCGAAAAAAAUUUUUGGAGCAAGGAAUUUGAUGAUUGGCUAAAAGUAUACUUAGAAUAAAAUGUUAAAAAAAUGAGCUAAUCAUAUUCUUAAUAAAUGAAAAAAGCAUUAUAAAAUUGUAAUAAAAACGAAGAAUACACCUAAAUAUUGGAUGAUCAUGUAAAGUAAAUCGAAAGUUUGAAAUAAUUAAUAUGA